UAUUUUAUGUGUAUUGAAAACAAGUCUAUCCAAGCAAUGUUGAGAAUGGCACGUAGAACUAGGCAGUGAGGCAUUACUCGUCCCUUUUACAUUCAAUUCCCAGCCAUUCCCGCUGACCUUGAGCUCCAUUGCAAACUUUGUAUGUCAACAUACUUGUCCUGGAACCUAGCUGUCUUCACCAAGUCUGCAACUCUCAGUAUUUACUCCUGCGCCUGCUGUUUGAUUGUGGUUAGAAGAUGCACAUUAGUCGAGGCACGCAUUUAUGCAACUACAUGGAGUAUUUGUUUUCUCCACUCUUGUCCUUAAAAAGAGUACAAUGUCGAGUAGAAGUCAGUAAGAAAAAAUGAUGAGAAGAAAUGCAGUUAGUUUUACUCUAGUAACACUGAUUCUUGUUUGUUGUGCUCUUGGAGAGGCCAUUAGGCCCAUUACUACUCAACAUCAUACUGAAGAAGAAGAGAAAAGAUCAAGAAACAGAAGCACGCGGAGCAGAAAUAGAGGAGGUGGUAGUAGAGGUAGAAGUAGAGGAAGAGGAAGAUCAUCACCAUCACCAUCAGGAUCAAGAAACCGAGGACGAGGAAGAUCAGCAUCACCAUCAAGUGAUUGUGAUCCAUUGUACAGCUAUUUAUAUGGUAGUUGUGGACAAUGGCCUUUCUCUCGUGAUCAAUCUCCUGAUAACCCUUUUAACCCUUCCCCCAGAAGAGCCAGCAGCCCUCCCAAUCCUCCCCCAUUAGUCAUCCCUUCUCCACCACCUUUGGUUCCUGUAAUUCCCCCACCACUUCCCCCUUCAUCCCCCCCUCCAGUAGCCGCAGCUCCGCCAGUAAUCCCACCACCUUCUCCCCCACUUAUAAUCGCAUCGCCCCCUCCAUCAAUCCCCUCCCCUCCACCACCAACUCCAUCGCCACCUCCUCCAUCCCCCCCACCCCCUUCCCCUCCCCCGCCGUCACCCCCACCGCCACCACUAGUCCCCUCCCCCCCACCCCCAGUCCCCUCCCCUCCACCACCUGAUCUCCCCCCUUUCGUAUUCCCACCACCACCAACACCCCCAUCACCACCAUUCUUCCCAUGGCCCUGGCUCUCACCACCUCCAUCCGACACUCCCUCAUUCCCCUUCUUUUCCCCACCUGCAAUCCCUGAUUUCCCACCAGCACCACCUCUAGUCCCCAUCUUUUCACCCCCGAUAAACGACUUCUUCUUCCCACCACCUGAUCAACCAAUUAGCAAUACCCCCACACCUCUUGUCCCCAUUUUUCAACCACCCUCUCAAGAUCAAUUUCCACAGCCACAAACACCUCUUGUUCCACAAGAUCCUCCUCAAUUUCCACUUCCUCAGGCUCCUGAUUUUGUCUUCCCCCCUCCCAUGGUUCCAGUACAACAACAACCUCAACCCUUUUUCUCUACGCCUCCAGACUUUUCGUCGAAUGAGCCGUCAGAUCCAUCACCAUUUCCUUUCUUCCCUCCCCAGCAAAACAAGUAAGAUGCAUACUCUGCGGCUCCACAUCUCAAUGUGCCUUCCUAACGUCGACUAUAAUUCAAAUGUAUCAGUCAUUGUUUUGUUACAUAACUUUUGUAAGCUGGCUAUCCAAAAUCUAAGCCAGUUAUGAAUUGUAAUUCUCCCAUAUAUAGUUAAAGUUUCUGCAUGCUUACUAGACC